GUGUGAACUCUAUGGGACAACAUGUUACAAGUAUAAAAUCUUCUGAGGUGGUAACACAGAUAAAACCCCAAGGUGUGACAGCGGUGGACCUCAAUUCUGGACCAAGGACACAAAAUAAAAAGCCGUCUGAGUUGGCUCAAGGGCAAAGGCUCCUAGCUAAGGAGUCUGUAGAGUUUAAUCAAGGCCCAAAGUUACAAGGUGUGACAGUGGAGUCCAAGCCCCCAAAUGGGGAAUCUGGGAAGUUAAACUCAGGCCCUCAAUUACAAGAUGAGAAACAUUCUCAGUCAAUUCUAAGAACAAAGCAUCAAUAUGGAAGAUCUAUGGAGGUCAGUCCUGGCCUAUGCUCACAGGGUAUGAAGUCUUCCGAAGUGAUUUCAGGGGACAAACUUCAAAAAGAGAAACCCGUAGGCUUUGUGUAUCAGCCACUGUGGCAAGAUGUAAAAUCUUUAAAAUGGACAUUCAGUAAGGCACUUGACAGGGAACCUUUGCAGUUGGAAACUGCUCAUUUACAGGACAGGAAAUUAACUAUGUUAACACCAGAAUUACAUCUUCAAGGUAUGAAACCUGAGUUGGUCAACUGUGGAUCAAAGUUGAAAGGUGUGAAGUCUGAGCCCACAUAUGUCCAGACAGUAAAGGAUACAGGGAUCAAUCAUGGUGCCGAAUCACAGUUUGUGGGAUUCUCUAAGCAGGCCUCAGACUCAAAGGUUUAUAGAGUGGUGCCUUCUGAAUUCAAUGCCAGAAACCAGAAGCAAGAUAGGAAGUCUCACAAAUUAAGUCAAAAGCAUCAACUUCAAAAAAUAAAACAAAUAGCGUUCAGGGAUGAGCCACAUUUGCAACAUAUCAAGUCAUCAGAAUUAUGUACAAAGCUUCAAGACCUGAAAUCUAUGGAAUUCAAUUCAGAGCAACAGUUGCAAGAUGUGAUGUCCUCUGAAUUGGGCCUGGGAACAAGUCCUCAGUCUUUAGAGUUCAACCCUGGGCCACAGUUGCAAGAGAUAAAAUCUUCUGAGGUAUGUACAGAAACCAAGCUGCCAGAUGAGCCGUCUCCGGAAUUCAAGCAUAAGCCUACAUUGCAAGAUAGGGCAUCCUGCGACCUGAGUACAGGGCCACAGAUUCACUGUAAAAAUGUUAUGGCAUCCAACACCAGAACACAAAAUGUAGAAUUGUCUGAGUUGCACCCUGGUCCAGACCUUCAAGGUAUAAAAUCUAAGGUGUUCUGCCUGGGGCAGCACUUGGAAGAUGUGAAUUCUACAUGCACUCCUAAUGCAAAUUCUCAAUAUGUAAACUCCAGUGGGUGUAAAUGUGGGCCAUAUUUGCAAGAUAUGAAUUCCUCUGCAUGCAUUCCAGAGCCAGACCGUCAAUGUAUAAAGUCUAUGUGCAAUCCUGGGCCACAUUUGCAUGGAAUGAAUUCUGCAUGCAUUUUAGGACCAAAAUUGCAAUGUGUAGAUACUACUGGAUGCAUCUAUGAGCCAAACUGGCAAGAUGUAAAUUCUUCUGUAUGCACCCCAGGGCCAAGUCCUCAGUAUGUGAAUUCUUCUGCAUACACCCCAGGGACAAGUCCUCAGUGUGUUAAUUCUGCAUGCACCCCAGGGCCAAGUCCUCCUUGUGUGAAUUCCACUGAGUGCCACUCUAAAGCACAUUUACAAGGUGUGAAUCAAUGGGCAUCAAUUCUAGGGCCACACAUUCAGUGUGUAGGUUCUAUUGGGUGCAAUCCUAAAUCACAUUAUCAAGGUGUGAAUCCUUCCUCACCCACUCCAGGGCCAAACCCUCAGUGUGAACAUUCCAAUAGGUGUAGUCUUGAGCCACUUCUUCUUGGUAUGAAUCAUGGUACAACAUUUCCAGCACCACAAAUUAUGUGUGUAAAUCCUGUUUGGUGCAAUACCAAAACACAUUUGCAAGAUGUGGAUUCUUCUGCCUGUACUGGAAGACAAGAGUCACAGUCUGUAAAUUCUACCGGAUACAACCCUGGGCCACAUUUACAAGCACCAAAACUUCAAGGUAUGAAGUUUUCUGAGUCGAACUCAAGGACAGGAAUUCAAAGAGACAUGCCUAGAAUAGUUAGCAAAGGUCAACACGUGCAAGACCUGAAGUUUGAAUCAACUCCAGGGUCAAAUAUUAUACAUGUAGCACCUGUAGAAUACAACCCUGGGCCACAGGUACAGAGUGUGAAUUUUUCUGAAUUGAAUCCAGGAUUAAAAUUACAAUGCAUAAAUCCAGCAAAGCAUAGUUCAGGGCCACAGUGGCAAAACAUGAAGUCCUUUGAGUUGACCCCUGGACCAGAAUCUCAAUGUCCAAAGUCUGUUCUGUUGAACUCUGGACCACCUUUCCAAGGUGUGAUGUCAUCUCACUUAAUGGUAGGGGAAGAGUUUCCAGACAUCCCAUUUUUGAAGAACCAACUUGGGUUGUGGCAGGACACUGAACAACCUGUGUUUACCUUGAGGCCUCCGUCAAAUGGUGUGAAAUCUGUGGGAGUUUCACCAACCCCACUGCCUGAAGAUAGAAUGUCUCCAGAGAUGAGCAAACAGCCCUUGCUUUGUUUGACAAAUUCUGUAAAAGUGACACCUGGCUGCAGUCUGCAGGACUUGAGAAGUAAGGAAUUUUCACCAGAACCUUGUUUCCAAAAAGUUAAAUCUGUGAAGUUGAAGCCAGGCUCACCGACUCCAAAACCACUGUAA